CAGUAAUCAUCCAGCAACAGUGAUCGAUUCUGUCAGAAGUAGACGCGUCUCCGACUCUUAAUGUGUGCUCACUAUAAAUAAUACAAAAAUAAGUCGUGUGCUGGAUACUCUCGACGAGGUGGUGAUUACCAAUAGUCAACGGCGUGUCGGAGGGAAUAGUGAGACGCUCUCACUGCAGACGUUUGAAGUACACUCCUGUUUUAUACUCUGAAAAAUGGCCGUAUAUGACGACAACUUGUCUGACAAGAUGGGCGCUUUGUCUGUCGACGACCACUGGAUAGAACUCGGAUUGGACGACUACAUUCAGACACAGCUAAAAAAAAUCAAAAAUGAUUUUGAAAGCGUUUUCUCCUGGGAUAUACAUAAAUCAUCAGAAUUCAAUCCAAAUCUUUAUUUGAACAUCAAUGAUAGAGUUCAAGAAAAGCUAUCUAUGAUUAUAGACGAAAUAGAUGAGAAUGAGUUUAAUUUUUAUAGAUUCUAUUUACAAUUAAUUGUUAUUUAUGAAGAUUACAUGAGCAAAAGAUAUAAGGAAUCAUAUUCGGGAAUUGAAAGUGUUGUUAAAUUUAUGAAAACGUGUACAUUUGACAAGUUGAACAAACAGAACUCUGAUGUAUACCAUCAUAUUGCUCAAGCCACCAAUGCGUAUAUUGCAUUAACAUUGAAGAUUGAUUCAGAAAAUUUACUGAAUGAUGUGAAACCAGUUAAAAAUUUUAAUGAUACUGAGAAAGCUGCUAUUUAUGCGGUAAAAGCCAGAAUUUUUAUGGAAUAUCCUCCAAAAGGAAAUGAUAUUGCUUUAGAAUUGGCUGAACGAGCCCUUGCCCUUCAUUAUUUACCUGAAUGGCUACUCAUUUGGUCAAAAGCCAAAAAGGUAGUAAGACAUCAUAAUGCACCAUACACAAUACCCGGUGAUGAAGAAAUUGAUGCUGCUUUAUAUUUAUUCAAAACACAAACAAAGCCUAAACUUUUAAUUCAUGCCUAUCAAAUUUUUAAGGAAGCCAGUUAUAUCAAUAAAAUAGACAAAAACAGUAGACAGUCAAAAUAUUUUUUUGAUUAUUCGUCUAAAAUAGCUAAAAAAUCGAUUGCAUUGGCAAAGGGCGAUCCAAACAAACUAAAUUCUAUAUUACUGUAUUGUCUACACUAUCCGAAACAUUUAUUGUCAAAAAACUUUAUAGACCAUACAAUUUCAAAACUGAAUAAUAUUAAAAAUGGCUGUGUGCAUUUAACUAUUGGCAGAUAUUAUCUAAAACGUGAAAAAGAUUAUGAAAAAGCUAAAACGUAUUUCACUCGUGGAAAGGCUUAUGGUAAUUUCAAUAGCUCAUUGCAGUUAAUAAAAGUAGAAUGCCUGUUACAAUCUGUCCAUGAAUUCCCUUAUGUUCAGUCAUUAAAUGAGAUGUAUAAUGAUUUUCAAAACCCCAAAAGAAGGGUUACUAUUUUAAUUCAUAUAUUGAUAUAUUACAAUUUCUGUGAAAAUAAUCCAAAAGAAAUGAUGCGCUACCUAAAAUUAUACAUUGAUCAAGAUAUCGAAGAUACUUUUAAAAUACGUAAAUUAAUGUAUGUUGAAUCGUUGUUAAAUGUAGGCAGAUAUUUAAAACGAAAUGAUUUUCUGAAUGUUUUAUCUGCAAAUGUAAAAGAAUUAAUAAACAAUAAGUGGGAUGAAGAAGAAAAAAAGAUGAUUGAAAAUACAUUUGAUCGGUUCAAUAAAAUAUUACUAUUGAAUAUUCAAAACAAUAAUUUUGACGAUGAUAAUAAUUUAUAACUUAUAAAACCGCUGUUCACAAUAAGAAUGAAUCUUGACGAAAUCACAACACAACUCGAGGCAUGAAUUUGGCAGUCAUCCAUCUGAUGAGUCAUUUUUUUUUACUUUUAUAUUUAAAUACUCAAUAAUAUUAAUCAUUCUAUUUUAUCCGUAGAUAUAUUAAGUCAAUAUUUGCUUUGUAUGUGCAAAUUUGGUAUACAAUUUAUGGGUCAAUAGCUGGUCAUUGACAUUACUAUAAGUGAUUCAUUUAUAUUUGUAUAACAAUUAAAAUUUUUUUUAUUAUUAUUUAAAGAAAAUAUAUUAUUUGAAAAAUGUGUUAAACCAAGUUUUCCAAGAUGGAACCGAUUACAUGCAAACUUUCUUCGAACUGAACCAGUUGAAUAUACAGAGGACACCUCGGAAUGGCGGUCAAUAUUUCAGCAACUAUUGUCGUGUCCGGUACUUAGAGGUUAUUUCACUAUUUCGAUUUUAACUAUGAUAUUCAUUAUGGUUAAAAAAUAUCGCAUUUGAUUACAAAUACAUAUUAGGUAAAUCAACGAAACGAUUGAUCUUUAAGUUCAUUAGACGUACCUAAUAAUAUAUGUAUUAUGAUAUUUAUAGGCUGACAUGAAAAAACAAUCUUUGAUUUCUAGGUACUGCCGGACAACGAAAAACGAAAAAAAUACAUUAAUUAUCAGCGUUUAUCGCGGGUUCUUUCAAAGUGGACUAUGGUUCCAAAACAGUUGCACCAUAAUAUUGAGCGCUUGGCCUGAGUUGUGGACAACUAUUAUACUAUCGAAUUAUCGCAACGCAGAAAAUAUUUAUUUAUUUAUAUUUGAUAAGAGUUACAAUAAUAUACAUGAGUACAAAAUAAUAAUUUUUUUUUGCUCGGUGAAAAAACUUGAAAAUUUAAUGCAAGUAGGGUACUUGAUAAUCUAAUUAGUAAUAUAAUAUUAAACUAAAUUCAUCGAUUUUUCGUGCGACCCGGCAUUAUGGACUAUCAUGAAAAAUUCAUGAUAAUAAUACGUUAAUAAAACG